AUGCAGUGGACCCCAGAGCAUGCGCAGUGGGCCGAGCAGCACUUUGAUAUCUCCUCCACCACCCGCUCCCCUGCACACAAAGUAGAGGCCUACCGGGGGCACCUGCAGCGCACCUACCAGUAUGCUUGGGCAAACGACGACAUCUCUGCACUCACCGCCUCCAACCUGCUGAAGAAAUACGCAGAGAAGUACUCUGGGAUUUUAGAGAGUCCGAGUGAAAGAGCGCUGCUCUGCUCGUAUUCCGAUGGCACUCCUGGACUCCUCAACGGACGUAAGUCAGAGAGUGAGUCCUGGCAGGAGGGGAUUUACUCAAUGAACUGCGGUCCAGAUGUUAUAUCUGUGAACAAAGCUGGAAUGACAGCUGCCCUUCCCCCUACAGACGUGUCGGCCAGCAUAGGUAGCACCCCAGGGGUGGCCAGCAGCCUGAACGAGCCCAGCUAUUCCAGAAGUAACUGUGGGAGUCACACGACCACCAGUCUACACUCGGGUCUGUCCUCUCAGGAAUACGCUACAGGCUACAAUGGCUCCUACCUGCACUCUAGUUACAGUGGGCAGACCAACCCAGGCCUCCCCUCUCAACACCCUUCUCCUAUGCACAGUGCUGGUCUCAUACAACCCCCUCUUCCACCACCUCCCACUACUCUAGUGCCCAGCUACAACGUGGGGUCUCCCAACAUCUCCAACUACAAUUAUCCUCCGACGGGGUAUCCCUCACAGACAGUUGUUGCCCCUGGCUAUAGCCCUGGGGGGGGCCCACCGCCCUCUUCCUAUCUGCCAUCCAGGAUUGCAGCUCCCACACCGCUACCCCCCUCUACACUCUCUGGCUAUACCUACCAGUCCCAUAACCAUGCACCAAUUGCACCAACACCUUUGAAUGGCAGCUCAGCCAACUCAUUGAAAAGAAAAGCUUUCUACAUGACGGGGCAUGGAGAUAUGGACUCCAGCUAUAGUAAUUUCAACUACAAUCAACAGCGCUCCUCACAAAGCCCUAUGUACAGAAUACCAGACAACAGCAUCACAGACUCAAGCAGAGGGAAUGGAUUUGACAGGAAUGCAGAUGUGUCAUCUUUAGCGUUUAAGCCUACAAAGCAGGCAAUAUCCUCAGAUCAGCAAAGAAAAUUUAGCAGUCAGUCUGGCAGAGCACUUACCCCUCCCUCCUAUGGAUCAACCAAAAGCUCUGUGGGAAACCUGAGAUCAGGUGAGUCCUUUGGAAAAUGUGGAUCCCCUAUCACGGGUGAGCAAAGUAAAGAGCACCUCUCCCAUUCCAUUGCAGGGUCGGACAUUGGCAGAGCUACCUCAUCCAGCCACGUUGCAGAGGAGCAGCUGAAGAACAGCGAUGCCAGCGUGGUGGAGUUGGUCACCACAGAGAUCCUUCAGCCCGGUCCCCCAGUGGACUGGAGUGACAUAGCUGGUCUGGAGCUGGCCAAAGCAGCCAUCAAAGAAGAGAUUCUGUGGCCCAUUUUGAGGCCAGACAUGUUCAGUGGACUUGCCACAUUACCUCGGAGCCUCCUUCUCUUCGGACCUCAGGGAACAGGCAGAACACUGCUGGGCCGCUGCAUGGCCAGCCAGCUGGGGGCAGCCUUCCUGCAGCUGAGUGGCUCAGCCCUGGUGACCAAGUGGCUGGGGGAGGGCGAGAAGAUUGUCCAGGCCUCCUUCCUGUUGGCCCGGUGUCGCCAGCCCUCAGUUGUGUUCAUCAGUGAGGUGGACAUGCUUCUAUCGGCCCAUAUCAGCGAGGAGAGUCCGGUGAACGUGAUCCAGAGCGAGCUCCUCAUGCAGCUGGACAGUGUGCUGACCACAGCCGAGGACCAUGUCCUAGUGGUCUGCUCCACCAGUAAGCCUGAGGAGAUCCAAGAUUCCCUGAGGAGGUACUUCACCAAACGGCUCCUCAUCCCCCUACCUGACAGCACAGCUCGGCGCCAGAUAAUUAGCCAACUACUCUCACAGCACAACUAUUGCCUCAGUGACAAAGAGGUGUCACUGCUGGUCGAGCGGAUGGAAGGCUUUUCAGGACUGGACGUGGCCCAGCUGUGCCAGGAGGCAGUGGUAGGACAGCUCCAUGGCAUCCCAGCUUCUGACCUCUCAGCCAUCCAUCCCAGCCAGAUGAGACCAGUCUCCUACCAAGACUUUGAAAAUGGAUUUAGCAAAUUCCAGCCCAGUAUAUCACAAAAAGAACUGGAUACAUACACCGAAUGGAAUAAAAUGUUUGGUUGUAGUCAAUGA